AUGGCGCACGCCUUGGACGGUGGCGAAGCCAAAAACACCGGCAUUGGCCGCAGCAACUACUCGAGUAUGGAGCCGACGGCUGACGACCCUUCAGUGCAGUACAUGCUCACCACCAACAACGUACCUCACCGCCAGUGUGCGACCGAGCUGGUGGCCUUCCUCCCGAAGCCGUUGGCCGCGAGCGUCCGCCACGGCAAGGCGUCGUCUCGUGGAGUGACGUGCGAUGCGCCGGCGUCAGCGGCUCCGACGCUGGCGGCGCUCACGCUUCCCGAGCGCAUAUACGCCGUGGUGUGCUGCUUGCCAGCCACCAGCCUGCCAGACGACGAGGCGGCGGUUCUCCCGGCGCUCAGGACGCUCGUGGCGGAGGCUCCAGGCUGGCCUGCCGCACUUGCCGCGCACUGCCAACUCCACCCAGGGCUGUCGAGCCUCUCGUUCGCCGUGGUCGCCACUCGCCGCGGCCGCCGCUUCAAACAGAGCGUCGGCAGCCUACAGCUGGGUACCGAGCUCGGUGGCGCGCUGCACACGUACUUUGGCUGGCGCGUCGAUCUGACUGCGCCGUCGCUCGAGGUGACCGUCUCGCUCAACGACGAGGGGUUGCACGUCUCACUCGCGCUGCUGCGCCGCUUGGACUCCAUCGAGUGCCGCACGCGUGGCGGGCUCGACCCGCACGUGGCGUGGGCGAUGGUGCGCUCGCUUGGCGAGCUGCCGCCCGGCGGACUCGUGUGCGACCCCAUGUGUGGCAAGGCCAGCCUGCUCCUCGAGGCGCUCGACGCGCAUCCGCUCUGCGUCGCCGCCGGUUUUGACCUCGCCGACGCGCAGCUUGAAGCCGCCAUCGCCAAUCACACAGCGGUGCCGCCGCGAAUCGCCGCACGGCUCUCGCUCAUGCGCGGCGAUGCCUCGCAGCUGCCAUUCGCGGCGGGUGCGUGCGCCGCAAUCCUGUGCGACCUGCCGUUUGAGUGCGAGGGCCGCUUCGGCUACAAGCUCGACACAUCGCGGGGCGGCACGCUCGGCGCAUGUAUCAAGGAGAUGGUCCGCGUGCUGCGCCCUGGCGGCCGUGCCGUGCUGCUAAUGGGCGACGAGCGCAUGCCGCCGCUGCGCGAGGCGCUCGCCGACGCCGGGCUGCGCGCCAUGUGCGAGCGCCCGUGCCCGCUGGGCUUCACGCAGGCGACCAUCGUCGUCACCGAGAAGCCGGCGGGCGCCUCCGAGGCCAUCGACGAUUCAGGCACCGGAGAGGAGCCUCAGCAGCGGCAUGCGCCAGCAGGCGAGGGCGGCGCCGGUGGCAGUGAGACAUCGACGCCCGCGGUGAGCGUGGGGGCUCUGCCUUGGGAGGGCACGGGACGCCGGGCCGAAUGGACCGUCCUGCGCAAGGAGAAACGCGCACCAAUGGUGCCGUGGUUUGUCGCACCCAGCAAGGGUGUCGUCGAAGAGUCAGUUUAA